GUUUUCAGACCGUUCUCUCUCUCUCUCUCUCUCUGUUUUCUCUCUCUCUCCUCUCUGUCUCUGUUUCUGUUUCAGUUUCAGUUUCAGUUCCAGUUUCACAAACAUUAAAAAACACAAACCCAUUUCAUGUAAAUCUCUCAAAACCCAUUAAUUAUUACCAUGAGAGACUUCCCUUCUUGUUUCGGCGAAAAUGGAGUUCAAAUUGCAGACUCUUCAUCACCCUACUCAUCCAGAACUUUCCAGAACCUAGUUUCAUGUGUGUACCAAUGCCGAUUCAGUGGCAUUUCAUGCUUAAUUACAGUAACAUGGACCAAGAACUUGAUGGGUCAAGGCCUCACAAUUGGAAUCGACGAUUCAUCCAAUCAAUCUCUCUGCAAAGUCGAUCUAAAACCCUGGUUGUUCUCCAAAAGAAAAGGGUCCAAGAAUUUGGAAAUCGAUUCGAGUUUAAUCGACAUUUAUUGGGACUUGUCUUCUGCUAAAUUUGGUUCUGGCCCAGAACCAAUCGAGGGUUUCUAUUUAGCCAUUGUUUGCAACAGAGAAAUUGCUCUGCUUUUGGGAGAUUUAAGAAAGGAAGCUUAUAAGAGGAUUGAAGCAAAUCCAAACCCAAUUUCUAAAAAUUCCAAAUCUAUUUUUAUUGCUAAGAGAGAGAACAUUUUUGGGAAGAAAUUGUAUGGUGCCAAGGCACAAUUUUUCGAUAAGGGAAAAAUUCAUGAUGUCAUAAUUGAAUGUGACGCUGCUAGUGGUGGUACGGGUACUGGUACUGGUACUAAUAAUGAUCCGAGCCUCGUGAUCCGUGUAGACGGGAAGGCGGUGAUGCAGGUAAAACGACUGAGGUGGAAGUUUCGUGGAAACCAUACCAUUCUAGUGGAUGGAAUUCCGGUUGAGGUGUUCUGGGAUGUGCAUAAUUGGCUGUUUGGUAACUUGGUUGGCGACGCGGUUUUCAUGUUCCAAACCUGUUGUGAGAAGUUUUGGAGCAGCCAAUCUUUGUCUGAUCCAUCAUUGUCUAGUUGGUCAUGUUCAGAGAAAUUUGGAGAGACUCAAUUACAAGGUCUUGGCUUCUCACUCAUGUUGUGUGCUUGGAAGAAUGAAUGAAUAGAUGUGUAUUCUUCUUUUGAGUGUGAUAGUGGAUGGAUGAAUGUGACGCAAUUUCAUAUUGGAUCCAUUGGUUUUUCCCCCCCUCUAAUUUUCUUGUAAUUAGCUUGGAAAAUUAGAAUUUACAAUUUUUUUUUUUUUUUUUUGUUGA